UCAUUAUAAAUACCUGAUAUACAUGUGUCUUAUUUCUCACACCACUCAUCAUGGCUUCAUUACCACCAUCUCUAUCCUCCCUCCUCUUUCUUACCCUAGCUUUGAUUCUCAUUUCUAUUUCACCUGCAUUUUCCACACCACGUCAAGCUCUAGAUGAUCAUCAAGAUCAACUGAUGAAAAUUGGUUUCAAAAUUACUCUAAACCACAUUGAUUCGGGUGGAAACUUCACUAACUCCGAACGUUUAUAUCGGGCUGCGAAGCGUUCCAGUCGCAGGUCCCAAAAGUUCAAUGAGAUGGUUUUGACAGCCAAACAUCCAAAACUCAAGACCACGGUUUAUGCAGGAGAGGGCGAAUACGUUAUGAACUUUUCGAUAGGGACCCCGCCAAAGUCCUACUAUGGUACAAUGGAUACCGGCAGCAACCUAAUAUGGACUCAAUGCCAGUCUUGUCUUGAGUGUGUUCCUCAGUCCGAUCCGUUGUUCGAUCCAAAGAAAUCCUCCUCUUUUUCAAAUGUGUCAUGCACCAGCAAAUAUUGCCUAGACCUUCUGCCAUAUUCAAAUUGCAACCCGUUCUACGGGUGCGUGUAUAUUUACGAAUACGGAAGUGGGAUAACUUCAGGUUUUUUAGGCACCGAGACCUUUACUUUCGAGAAGGUCAAGGUGCCGAAAGUAACGUUUGGUUGUGGUCUAUUUAAUCUGGGAGCGGGGUUCACCGAGGGCCUGAUAGGCCUCGGACGCGGACCCUUGUCGCUCAUCUCCCAGUUGGGUGAGCCCACGUUCUCAUAUUGCUUAACUUCCUGGAAUGGAAGUAAACACAGUACCCUUUUGAUAGGCUCCCACGCAAGUGUGAAUUCCUCAGGUGGUGGUGGGGAAAUCAAAACCACCCCUUUGAUUCAAAACCCAAAACAUCCCACUUUUUAUUAUCUUUCUCUCGAAGGAAUCACGAUUGGUAGCACUAGGUUACCCGUAAACAAAACAACUUUUGCUCUCAAUGCUGAUGGGUCUGGGGGCCUGAUCAUAGACUCGGGCACGCCGAUUACACGCUUGGCGGAAAGUGUUUAUACUCUUGUCUUAGAAGAGUUCAUCUCUCAAGUAAAGCUUCCGCUAGUCGAUGCACGUAACUCGACCGGGCUUGAUCUUUGCUUCGAGUUGCCAUCCAAUCAUUCUGAUCGUGGGGCGAUACCCCCACUGGUAUUCCAUUUUACGGAUGCAGAUUUAGAUUUACCAACGGAAAACUAUGUGAUCUUGGAUUCAGGUGUCAUGUGUUUGGCCAUGCUUGGUUCAGGUGAUACUCCCUACAUAUUUGGGAAUAUACAGCAGCAAAACAUCCUGGUGGUGUAUGACUUAUACAAGGAAACCCUAUCAUUUAUGCCAACAGAGUGUGACAAGUUUUGAGCUCUUCUAUUAGUUGAUCGAGCUCAAAAUUUGUAUGGCAAUGGUUGUUUGUAGCGUUGCCAAGUUUAUCAUGUGUUUGGCCAUGGUCAUGUUAUGUUCGGCCAUGUAGCGUUGCCAAUUCUCUCCCUGUAUUGUGGUGUGGUCAGUGUGAGCGAUGGCGGCCGGUUUCUCCUUGGAACCCAUACAUUUUAAAUAAACUCACUGUUUUCAUCAGUGGUUUGGCUAAUUGAAUGAAAUUUCAGUGAUAUGAAUUCUACCA